GGAGGAAGCGGCUGUGGGAGGGGCGACACCAGCACCAGCCCCGCCGCAGUCAGUCAUCCAGGCGGGCGGGCGGGCAGCAGGCAGUCGGGCGGUGGGUGCUGAAGCUGACCGGAGCGGCAUCACCACCGGAGACUCGGAUUAUCCCCCACCCCUCCGCGAGCGGCAGCCCUGCUGGUCCCGGCCGAUGGGAACAGACAUCCGCCAAAAUGUGUGCGAAUGUGUUCGGAGUUUUGAAAAGCUUGUUUGGAAAGCCCUUUGAUGGCGGGAAAAGAAUGGACCAUGGCGGCCCACAGCAGCAGCAACAUCCAAUGGAGCAGCAGCAGCAGUCAUAUAAUGCGCAGCACCCUGCCAUGAUGCGGCUGUACGAGGUCCAGAAGGAGGUGGCGUCUCUGGGCCCUCAGGUCUGUACCUUCAGCGGCCUGCAGAACGACAGAGACUACAAGCGUCUGGAGCGGGAACUGACCCGGCUGCUGCUGGAGGUGGACCAGGUCGACACAGAGGGCAAACCGGAGCUGCAGGGGGCGCGAAAGAGAGCGGCGCAGGAGGUGGAGGGCCUCCUGAGGUACCUGGAGGAGAACGCCACGCAUCCGUCCCGUAUAGCCAUCGAGGAGCUGAGCAACGAGGCGCGCCAGCUGGUGGACGACCGCGUGGUGGCACCUCAGCGCGGCGGAGGCGUGGCUGAAAUAAACGAUGAACUGGUGGACGCCCUGCAGCAGCUCGUGCUGAGGCUCACCCAGGUCAAGACCGAGGGGAGAGUGCCGCUCCGCAAGGCACGUUACCGGGCGCUGACACGUCUGUGUGCCGUACAGGACGUGAUCGAAGGGCGCACGCAGCAGCAGACACUCUCGCUGCCGCUGUCGGGAGAGACCCAUGAGGCAGUGCACCGCAUCAACCAAGUGAUGGUGAAGGUGAGCGUGGCCCGCAGUCAGCUGGUGGCCCUGCUGAUGGGCCUGAGUGGGAGGGACAGCUGCGCCCAUCUGUCACGCAUCCUGACGGAGAUGCAGGUGGAGCUGGACGCUCUGGAUGUUUCCGGGAACGCAGCAAUCAGAAAUUACAGGAAACAGGUUGUGGAGGAGAUAAACGGGCUCCUGAAACAUCUGGACCUGGAGGGGGAAGGAGACGACACGCGCAGAUACGAGUUGGCUCACAACAACUCCAUACGUGAGAUCGAGGCCGUGCGAGCUCACGUCUCCCACUUGCGAGAGGGAAUCCUGCGACACUGCGCGAUGGGAGAUCUCAGCUUCAGACCCAAAGCCGAGCUGCAGAGCCUCCUCACGCACCUGGACCAGGUGGACACGGCCAAGAACCCAUGUAUCCGAGAGGCCCGGCGCCGCGCUGUGGUAGAGGUCCAAGCUAUCGUCACCUUCCUUGACCUGCGUGAGGCCCUGGCCCGCCGCCAGCCAGGCCCCACCGAGCACCCGUCACACCGCGCCGUGUGGCUGGUCCUGGGCAGCCUCUCGGACCUCCAGGCCCAGGUGCUGGGCUUCGACGGCAAGAGGGUCGACAAGAGCUACAUGAUCCUGGAGGAGCUGCUGACCAAGCAGCUGCUGUCGCUGGAUGCCGUGGACCCGCAGGGCGACGAGACAACCAAGGUGGCGCGGAAGCAGGCGGUGAAGUUUGCCCAGAACAUUCUCAACUAUCUGGACAUGAAGACAGACGAGUGGGAGUAUUGAUUGAAUAAGAAACACGGAUCAUAGUGCGUGAUGGGACGUCGCUGCAGGAACGAAAGGAGCUGAUAAUGUGUGUAAAUAAAGAAAACUUUAACGUUAUCAUUCCUGUAAAUAUAGACUCAAACCCCCAGAAUGCACAGCAGCAGCGCUUUUCUUUUCGUCUCUUUGUGAUAGUGUUGGCUGAACCCUGCUGAGAAGGCAACAUCACAGAACUCCUUUUGUGAAACACCAACAUUUUUCUGUGCUUUUGGAAAGUUUUCUCUUCAACAUCUCUCGUGUGUGUGUGUGUGUGUGAGAGUUUUCGUCGUUGUGUAUUUGACGUGUGUGUUUGUUGAACCUGCUGCCAAAGCACUAAACAACGCCUGUUCCAGAGCUCACGUCCCCCGGACUGGACUUCAUAUUGAUACUUUUCUCGAGGGUGAUGGAAACCCUCGCAGCGUCUUCCCCCGUCUGGCCAGAUUAAUGUGAAUGUCAGUUGCUAAUGGAAACAGCUAAGGCUUGUUUGGAAUUCAGCGACCCAAUUAGAGAGACUAGUUCACUGCCACCGUGAGAACAGGGUUGUACUAUCUGUUGGUGCUGUGCCGAUUUUAAGAUGCUGACAUAUCAGAAGGUUUAAAGAAAUAUAUUUUCUGGUUUAUUUUGCUGCAGUUUGUGUUGAAAUCAAAUGUGGGCAGGUUGAAACAGAGAUGUGAACCAGAGAGCGAGAGAACAGUGGGAUUAUUGAUGUGAGGUCAUUCUCCGCCCCUGCGUGACCUAUUUAUCCCCCUCGCUGGUUUGUUUAAUACGCACAACUGUGACAGAACCCGGCCAACAACAGCCGACGUGAAGAAACGCUCAAAUGACAAAUACAACGGAGACUUUUUCUGUUACAGUAGCAGCGAUAAAAUCUAAAAUCCAUAUAGUAAUCUUGUGCGGAAGCCGUCUGCCAGCUAUGAGCAGGAGGUCUGAAAAGAUAAGAAUACCUUUCCAUCCGCUGCUUGUGUUGCUGUUAGUCUGUGGUAUGUUCUCAAAUGUUUGUUGUGACUUUGUGUGAUAGCGUUGUUCUAUAAAUGGAUCAGAGAGACGGGAGAGGAGGUGAAAAUGUGCUGCUGCUGCUGCUUUAGGUUCUUUUUUGUUUCUACCCACUGCUGUCUACUGACUGAGGACUGGGAGAGGUCCCUGCGGAGAGGAAGAGGAGGCUGUGAUAUCCACUGGAUUGACACAUCAAGGCUGAAGCUCGCAGGGUCCUGUGCGGUGGAGAGGACUGACGGUGAUCGCAGUCGACGGAGUCUUCUAGAAAUUCGAUGGAGCUGCGGAGGAGGAGGAGGAGGAGGAGGAGGAGGAGGAGGGAGGGAAAGGACUGGGAGAGAAGUCCAAAUCUCUGUGCCUUUAUUUUCACCCUUCCCUUUGAACUGGGUUCGUGUAACAGCAGCCUUGUCGUGCAGAUGCUCGUUCUUUGGCAUCAACGCACAAGGAUGAGGAGACCCAGAGCCCUGAAUGUGUUUGUGGAGAGCACCUUGGCAGUUAUCGCCACCAGAAAUUUGCACUACUUGUCAGAAUUAAGGCUUUUUUCAAAUCAGUGUUUAGUCCCCAGAUAAUAAUGGUGGUGGUGGUGGUGGUGGUGGUGGUGUGGUCAGUCUGACGACGCUUCUCGUAGCAGGUAACAACAUGAGUCACUUUGUGCUUUCACACUGCAGACAGCCUCCCAGAGAACAAACAGGCAACAAUCAAAUCAACCGACACAUCUGCUGAAUCUAAAACGCCCCCAAAAUUCUGAAUCAUCUUAACAGGAGCAACAGGAAACCAGAUUUACAAAAAACUGAAUGAAUCCAGAAGAACGAGAAAUUCUCGAUUCUAAGCAAUAAUUUUGUGAUUUUUUUUUCCCGGCCGACAUAGAUGAGAUUGUAACAUCUACUAUUCUACGAUUUUAUCUCCCGAUUAAGACCAAGAGAUUUAGUAGAAAUGUCCACAAAAGCAACUUAAUCGACUUUGAAGAGAUUUUGUUCGACAAGCAGAAGAUUAGUUUGACUCCUGUCUCACUUUGCCACGUCAGCAGGGACAGAGGAAACCUGUGGAUCUCAUCUGAUCUGUGGUCGACCGCCAACGAACAGAAAAGCCAAACUGAGGCCAACAUUUCUUGGCUGGCGAGACCGCUCAUCAGCGGAGUGUCCUCCUGUUUCUGUGGGAACGUUUGCUCGCAGUGUGAACGAACACUAACAGGUCAAAUGUCUUCAUAGUUUUUACCAAACAAGUUGCUCAAAUGUGACUGAAACCACAAAGCUGAAGCAAAUCAUUUAGAUCUAUUGUUGCCCUGCCGCCUAAAACCCUCUGUACUUCACUGCUUUUUGGAAAAACACGUUCAGUGAACUCCCACAGACUCUUUUUAUCUCAUUAAAGCUGCUUUUGGAAAUGUUUUUCUGGCACAAAGCCUGCAGCUCAGGCUCCUGGUCGCAGCGCUGACUCAUACGGGGGAAAUUAGAUUAAACAGUGUCAGUCGCCCCGGCUGUUGUUGCAACAGAUGCUAUCUCACAGCGAACCUUAUGCUCUCUCUAACCAAACCAACCCGAACACACCUUAAGUUCACAUGCUCCUUUUUGUAUGCAGUAAAACACACACGCAUAUAUAUAUAUAUAUAGAAUAUGUACAUUUAGUCCUCACAGUUCACUGCGUUUCUGAACUCUGCUUCCUCUCAAACAACCAUUUGAAUAAUUUAUCAGUGUGUAGAGAAAUGUUCUUUUUCUGUCUCGUCCUGUCGAAGCCUCUGUUUUUUGUUUUAGAUCAGUAUUGGUUGCGACCCCAUGAGUUGUGGCAAACAAACACUUUAUUCUCUGUGGUUCAUCUCGUUUUCUAACUAAAGGUUUUAGACUCUAGUCCCAUUGGAGCCUAAAGUUACACAAACCUGUUUCACUUCAGAAUUGUAAUCAAUAAGUGUUGUAAACUCUAGAGCUGCAAAUAGCAUUUUUUUAUUAUUAUCAGUUUAUCCGUCAGUUACUUUAACAGUUCAAUUAAGUCACAUGGUCAGAAAUAUCGUGAACAACCUUCCUAAGCUUUGCCUUUGAAAUCCUAAAAAUUUACUUUGAUUUGAGAAACUAAAUGUCGCAUCUACAGAGAAUGGAUUCGACUCUUCCGUUAUCCAAACAAGUUAUUCCAAGAUAUUCUUCACAUUUGUUUUUGUUAAGAAAUCUCAUGAAAAGACCAAAACCAACAAUGUAUUAGUUCAUGUUUCAAAACGUUCUGACUUCGCACCUGAACGUUCGUAACUUUGACGUCACAGAAAAACCACAAAUAUAAUAAUUAAUAAACUGAGCACAACAACUGAGUCACUUUAACACAAUCAGGAGGAAAUAGUUCAUUUGUUGGGAACUAUUUUCUGCGGGAUAUUGUUGUAGUGAAUAUUGUGUUUGCUAGAUAAAGUCAAAUUAAAUGCGUGAUGAAGAAGCAGCAGUUUGGCUCAUUAAUGUGUUUUUAAUUGUUUUUUAGUCUUAACAGUGCAGCUCUAUGGUGCAGAGGAACAACAAAUCUAAAACAAUAUAUAAUAUAAUAUUCCUCCCUAAUCGUAGUAUGAUAACAACUUACAGAAGUCUUGAGCCGCAUCAAAAAGAAAAAUAUUUUAUUCAGACCUCUUAUCCUGAGCUCAAAUAUUUUGGUGUCUUUAUUUACUGUCGUUUCUCUCAACACUCAGCUCGGGGUCGUCCGGACUCUGUGGCGCUGGAGUCCAUUAGUGAAGAGUUUUAAAAGAUUCAGAUCCAGCGGGUUGUAAAAGUCGGCUGUGUGACUUCUACCAGCCUUUUACGGGACGACGCUUUUAUAACCAAACAACAGAUCCGUACGCUGAGUGACGUCCAAACCCAGAGGUUUUAAAUAUUUGAUUUCCCUGCCCUGUGUUGAAUGUAGUCAUUGAGGAAUGUUUUAUCUGUCUUUCUUUAAACCAAAGUUCGCGUCAAUAAGGUGAGAUCGAUAUUAUUCGUCAAGAAUUGAGGCAGCAGUCGUUGCUGAUCAUAACAAAUCUCCAGGGACAAUGAAAAACUUAAGAGGAAUAACAUCUGACCAAGACAAACGAUUAGAAUCCUGUACAAAAAAAAGAUCUCACUUAUUGAGCAAUUAUUUUAUUUAAGAGCACUUUUAUGUUCCUCACUCACCGUUGGUUAUCAUGUGUUGCCUUUGUCUCUGAGAAUGACGAGUUUGCUCUGUGACAGGAGAGGUGUUCCUUUUCUUUUCUUCCCAAAAAUAGGUUUUCUUAAAAGGCCUUUAACUGCAUUGAUUGUGACAGGCUUCUGCUGUCUCUCCUUUGAGACACGCUUGUAAAAUAAAAAUAAAAAAAGCACUCCGAGAAGGAAAAAAACAUUUGUGUGAAUGCUCCAUGGAUGGUUGUGUUUUAAAUUUGUAUUCUCACUGCAAAAUAAAGACGGCGCGUCGUGAUCUGUGCUCAUGUUUCUCUUUUAUUCCUGAGUCUGGGAAGCUGUGCAGAGGAAAGCUUCUAUAAAACAAACAUAACAAACCCAGCCCUCUACAGAAUAUAGUAUUUUAAUUAGUGUUAUUACUGUUUAUGUUUUCAAGCUCCGAUGUUCAUCACUGUCCUCAGACUGUCCAUCGCUGCAGCUCCUCUUUUCAGCCUCUGUCUCAAACACACGGUUUCAGCUACUGUCUCUUUAAGACCCGCCUCCUGAUAAAGCCCACUCUGCUGUGAUUGGUCAACAGCCUGCAGCACAUAUAUGAAGCAGGAAAUGCCGGCACCUUGCUCCACCUGUCUCUGUAAGGGGGGCGUGUCAGACUGGUUGCUAAGCGUGUAUUAUGCAAAUGUGACAAAAGAAUA